UUUUCUAAGAAUCUGCACUGCAAGUAAACACUCAUUUUGAUAGUUGCAAGUAUAAAUUCUCACACAAAAACUUGUUUGGAUGGAAGGAAAAUCAGUCACUGGAGAAUAAAAACAAAAAGCAAAAAAUGGAAAAAAUGAUUAUACAGGUACAACAAACAUACUCUGUCUCACUCUGCUCCUCCUCCGCCUAUAACUCCGCCAACCGCCGCCGUUGCCGCCAAAUUGGAGUGAGAGUGAGCGACGGUGUCAAAAGAGGAGCAACGAUAUCGUAUGCUAAUUGGCUCCUCUUCCCCAGAUUUCCAUCAUUGUCCACCGUGUCCACCACUAGCAGAAGCAGCAGUAACUGGAUGGUGAGGAGGAGAGAGAGCAGCAACGACGUCGAAUCAUCACCUUCUUCUUCGAGAUCUUCUGGGCGCUGUGUAGCCGCCUCGGGUUCUGCACCGCCGCCGCCAGUUCCGCCAGCUACAGAAAAGCAGAGGGAGGUGCCUGAACUGCAGACGCUUCUCCGAAGAUUCUGGAAGGUGGCGGCUCCCUAUUGGUCCUCAUCCGACAAGGUGCAAGCGAGGAUCCAGCUCGCCGUAGUCUUCGCUCUCACUCUCGCCACCACCGGCAUCAGCGUCGGCUUCAGUUUCCUCGGCCGCGACUUCUAUAACGCCCUUGCCAACAAGAACCAAGAACAGUUCACGAAGCAGCUGCUUUACUACUUGGGUGCAUUUGCUGUCGGAAUUCCGAUUUUCGUGUUGCGAUAUUAUGCGAGACAAACUCUUUCGUUGAGGUGGAGAGCUUGGAUGACAAAAUAUUACAUGGACCGUUACCUAAGCAACCAAGCCUUUUAUAAAAUUCAAUCCCAAUCAAUCAUUGAUAAUCCAGAUCAACGAAUUGUUGAUGAUCUAAAUUCGUUCACAAAGACUGCCUUAUCAUUUUCCUUAACAAUUUUCGAUGCUGUGAUAGAUCUCAUCUCGUUCAGUAACAUCUUAUUCAGUAUCUAUCCUCCGCUGUUUGUUGUUCUAUUUGUAUAUUCAAUUGGUGGAACAGCCGUAAGUAUCUUUCUUGGGAAGGAUUUGGUUUCUUUGAACUUCAUGCAAGAGAAAAAGGAAGCGGAUUUUCGUUAUGGACUUGUGCGCGUCAGAGAAAAUGCUGAAUCCAUUGCUUUCUAUAGUGGUGAAGCAAAUGAAAUGCAACUUUUGCUACAACGCUUCACAAGUGCUUUAAAAAAUAUGAGUAAAUUGUUGAUAUGUUCAAGAAAUCUCGACUUUUUCACCCGUGGAUACAGCUAUCUUAUUCAGAUUCUUCCCGCUGCUGUUGUUGCCCCUAUGUAUUUCUCAGGCAAAAUUGGGUUUGGUGUCAUUAAUCAGUCAGCAUCUGCUUUCAAUCAUAUUCUUGGAGACUUCUCCCUUAUUGUCUACGAAAUUGAGGCUAUCAGUGCAUUUGCAGCUGUAAUUGAUCGACUUGGUGAAUUUGACGAUCUGUUGGAUAGCAGCAACUCGGAACGCCAUUUUGACCCCUUAGAAGGGAUAAGUUUGAUAUAUAGUAAUAAUGUCAAAAGUUUACCGGAACUGGAGUCAAAUGGAUCCGUUCUCAUGGAAAAGCAACAAAAGUUAGUGGAUAUAGAGCACUUGACUGUGGAGACUCCAAGUGGUACUGCAUUGGUUAGGAAUUUAUCGUUGGUAAUCAACAAGAAUGAGCAUUUAUUGGUAACAGGACCAAGUGGAAGCGGUAAAACAUCUUUGUUAAGAGCUAUGUGUGGUCUUUGGAGUACUGGAAAAGGAAAAAUCAUAUUCCAUGUGAAGGACGUUGAAGAUAAUCAACCGUCCAUUUCUUCUGGUGUAGUAGCUCUUGAGGUACAUACUGGCAGUGAUAAAUAUGGGGAACUUGGAAGGCCGUCAAAUAGGAAUUAUGAAGGCAUAUUUUUCCUUCCUCAAAAACCAUAUAUGGUAUUGGGAACACUUCGCCAACAGUUGCUUUAUCCUACAUGGGCUGAGGAUGCGAUUUCCACAGCCGACGGUACUAAACCAACUGGGUCACUUCCUUUCUUGAAGCAGGCACCAAAAUCAGAACAUGCGAGUGAAAAGCCUAUUAAGCCCACAACGGAGGACUUGAUACAGGCUUUGGAGGAUGUCCGACUUGGCUAUUUAUUAUCCCGAUUCAGCAGUUUGGAUACUUCAUAUGAAUGGUCUAGUGUUCUCUCCCUUGGAGAGCAACAACGCAUUGCUUUUGCACGUUUACUGCUCUCGAAACCACAAUUGGUUCUACUGGAUGAAUCUACCGGUGCUUUAGAUGAAGCCAAUGAGGUUCAUUUAUAUCAGCAGAUUGAAAAGGCAGGCAUAACAUAUAUAAGCGUUGGCCAUCGGCAAACUCUAUACGACUUCCACAAGAAGAACUUACGGAUCUCCACCGCGGAACCCAGCAGCGCAGAACCCAAUUGGAGCAUUGAAUCCAUCAAUCGAGAAACAAUAUACAACUUAUGAAACCUAUAAUUGUAGCUGCUUAUUCUUACAUUAGGUCACUUGUUUGUUCUGUUUCUGUGGUGUGGUGCAAGUGUAUUCCGGUUCUUUGUAAGUAGUUUCUGCAAAACUUUCUAGGGUUUACAUAUGAUCAGAUUCUAUACAAAAUUUUCCACUUUAUGUUACUUAUAAACUAUUCAAACAUGAUAUA